AUGCCUCAAGUUUUACCCGGUGAUGUUACUGGCCUGUACUAUAUUCUGGUUAGUAACCUCCCAUGGUCAUGUACGUGGCAAAGAUUAAAGGACUUUGCGCGUAAUCAAGAUUGUACGGGACAUUUCCUUGCAGUUGAACAUGCACAAGUAUAUCCUGAAUCUACUUGUGGUUGGGUGACGGUCCGUGGAAAAGAAGACUUCCUCGAAGCACUUCGUAAGUUCAUCUUUUAUGAAUAGAUGGUGCUGACAAAGUUACACAGAGUAUCUGCAAGGUGGAAUGAUGGAGAAUCGUGCUUUGUGCGCAGAUGGCCGCAAUGAAACGGAAUCUAUCCAAGUGCGGGAUCUUGCAAUGCCAUGGACAACGCAAUAUUCCUGCGAAAGCCCCGCAAGGGAUCCCACACCUCCAGCACCAAUGCCUUUAGUGUCAUCAGCACACUCAGGGCCCAUUCAACAAAUGUCUUUCUACCAAAUGGCACCUUUACCAAGUGGCACCUCAACCACCACUUCGAUAUCGACUACUUUUGAUGAUCGAGGUAUGACUCAGGUAUGAAUAAAGUAUCUCAUUACCUUUGCCAUGAUACAGCCUAACAAACUCAGAUUCAACAGAUCCGAAGUGUUGGGAUCUAUCCAAAUGUACCAUUACCACCCACCUUUGAUCCUAUAUUAUAUGCUGGCGAUGUUGCGCCAAGCACGCCCAUGUUUAUAUCGCCUCUCCAAACGUUUACAACGUCCCCCCCUCUUCUGCCGAGUGCCGAACAGUACGACACCAUGUCAAUUGUUAAAAGCAAAGUUAUCAUCACCCAAAUCCCUCACCAUGCGUCUACCACUGAUUUGAGAAAUCUCAUACACGCAGGCAUCAAAGCCAAAUUUCUGGAUACUUCAUCGGCUGAAAACCCCCUUGCUGCUUUGUGCAGUAUGAAAAUCGAGAAACACCCUGAUGGCAGGCAAAAGUCCCAUGCAUUUCUCAGCUUCGAGACAUAUAGUAUGGCUAGAGCAAUAGUAGAUAUGCUUGACGGGGUAGACUUCAAGGGAAGAAAUCUGCGGGUAAAGCUUGCAAAAGAAGGGGCAGAGCCCAGACAAAGUCCCAUAAGACCGAUCAGCACUGCUUCUGCUUCUAUUCUACCUUUGAGGGAGAGAGGACAACCGAAAUCACAGGUAUCAUCACAGGUCACCAUACAUUCGAAAUCAAGCAUUCUGGCGCCUCAGGAGAAGAAUCUGCGGAAGUCGAAGGAAGAGAAGGAUGCGAAGGAUGGAACGACGGAGGAGAGGGAUGGGGAGAGGGCGACGGCGACGGCGACGGCGACGGCCAAGGAAAGCGCGGUAGCUACAGUGGCCAUAGUAGCAGCGGAUUCCGAGAGAGAGGCGACUCCAAAGUCGCCGAUGGUGGUUAAUGGGUCAGGAAAGAACGCUUAG